CAGGCAAGGGUUGCAACAUCGCCGCCGAGGCAGCGAGCUGAGCUGACAGCCGCGGAGCUUGCGCUGCAGGACUAAAGGAGCCUUACCGGCUCCUCUGACUGGCGUCUGCGAGUACAACAGCGACUGACCCGUUUGGGUUCGGGGAUUUAUACAGACGUGGAGCGAUGCUUGUGACUCUGCAGCUCCUCAAAGGCCCCUAGAAGCCUGUCCAUUGGUGCAGUCCAGGACCGUCAGCCUCAUGGAGCGCCCGGUGCCACAGAGUACUGUCCCUUUGACUCCCAGCUCCGUCAUGGUGCAGCCUCUCCUUGACAGCCGAGUGCCCCACAGCCGGCUCCAGCACCCACUUACCAUCUUACCCAUCGACCAGAUGAAGACCAGUCACGUGGAGAAUGACUACAUAGACAACCCUAGCCUGGCCCCCACCUUGGGUCCCAAGCGGACCCGGGUUGGGGUCCCAGAGCCGGCCCCUACGCCUGCCCGCUGUGACCAGGAUGUCACUCACCACUGGAUCUCCUUCAGCGGUCGACCCAGCUCUGUCAGCAGCAGCAGCAGCACCUCCUCAGACCAGAGGCUCCUCGACCAUAUGGCUCCACCACCAGUAGCUGAGCAGGCUUCACCCAGGGCCGUGCGCCUCCAGCCCAAGGUGGUCCACUGUAAGCCGCUGGACCUCAAAGGGCCAGCAGCUCCGCCAGAGCUAGAUAAGCACUUCUUGCUGUGUGAGGCCUGUGGGAAGUGUAAAUGCAAGGAAUGUGCGGCCCCUCGGACGUUGCCCUCCUGCUGGGUCUGCAACCAGGAGUGCCUGUGCUCGGCCCAGACCCUGGUCAACUAUGGUACAUGUAUGUGCUUGGUGCAGGGCAUCUUCUACCACUGCACCAAUGAGGAUGAUGAGGGCUCCUGCGCUGACCAUCCCUGCUCCUGCUCCCGCUCCAACUGCUGCGCCCGCUGGUCCUUCAUGGGUGCCCUCUCUCUGGUGCUGCCGUGUCUGCUGUGCUACCUGCCGGCCACAGGCUGCGUCAAGCUGGCCCAGCGCGGCUAUGACCGUCUGAGACGCCCUGGUUGCCGCUGCAAGCACACGAACAGCGUCAUCUGCAAGGCAGCCAGUGGCGACACCAAGGUCAGCAGGUCUGACAAGCCUUUCUGACACUUUGGAUGAAAAACUCGGCACUGCCCUUGGAAACAUGGUCCCUCCUGCCAGUCUCCUGAGGCUGACUGUACUCAUCUGUCCUCUCCUAAACCCUAGAUUGAGAACAAAGAGGCAGAGACCACUACCACCCAGCCUAGAGUCCCCAGAAGGAUGAAGAUGUACUCUGGGGUUUUCGUGUUCUUGAAACUUUCAUGUCAAGCAACAGUGACAGCGUCGGGGUGUGGUGGUUUUGGAUGUGAUUUCUUCCCAUUUCAGAAGAUGUGGACACAAUCUGGAAGUUCGGCCCCUCGAUGGCCUUCCCAGCCCCUCAAUCUCUCCCUUCUACUUUGUCAUUGUCUCUGGCUCCUUCUGGAGCCUCCUAGCUGGGAGGAACAGCUCAUGGAAGGUGGGAUACCUCGAGGAAGACCCUCAGAGCCUUGACUUCUACCUUUCCUUCCUCUGUCCUUGCCUGUCGGCCUUGGCCUCUUGGGAAGGUGCACCGUAGCAAUUCCUGCUGUAUGUACUUGAUAGUUGAGAACAGAAUCACCCUGGAGCCGCGGGAUGGACAAGGAGCCGCUGGGCAGUGUGUUCCUCCUAGCUUCAGUCACUAACUUGGGGGUGUCCACUCAUCACACCGUCCUCUGCUUCUUAACUGAGUCACAGACUGGCCUGCCUGCUCUGUGUCCCGAGCUCUCUCUACUCGGAUUCUUUGCAGAAACUCACUGAGUUAAGAGGGCUCUGGGUGACGCAAGUGAGACCAAAUAUCAUUUUGCCAAUGAGUCUGAGGCUGUGGUCUCUGGAUCCAGUCAAGAUGUUUUUAUAUGUUUAAUCAAACUAGAUGCUAAUGGUGUUUAAACAGUAAUAAUACAACAACUUGCUUCUUUUUGGGCCACCCCCAGGAAGGGCUGAUUUAAAAUCUGGGGGCAAGCAACCUCAAGGAGCAUAAUUCCCCUGCCCCUCAAGAAUGGCAGAGAAGAGGCCGCACCUCCCAUUGGCAGAAUGACAGUUGAGCCGAGCUGGGUUUGGGUUUUCUUCUGCUUCUGCUGCUUGCUGUCAUAGCCUUUGUGUAUAGUGAUGUGUCUGUCUUUAAUGUAAAUAGAGAGAGGAUGAACAGAGUCUAUUUUAGUGUCAGGAGGGCCCCGGUGGGGAAGUCAGAGGAGCCCAGAGUGGGUGGGGAGCAGUUCUCUGGAGGGGGCUACUGGAUUUGAGCCCCACUUUUGUGCGCAGCACAACCCCCACCCCUCCCGACAGCCCCCAAAGACGUAGCAACUCUUUCUCUCACGGUGCUAAAGGACCCAGAAAGUGCAGCACGUUCAGCGAGGAGGUACUUGUUGCAUGCAGAAAGCUAUAGCGUCUCUGGUCCUUGCCCCCAGUCGUUGUGUGGGGUUUUUGCUUUGUGUGGUAUUUUGUCCCUGUCCCUGCCUCUUUGAUGAUGUGAGAAAUGGCCUGGGUCAGAAGAGAUGCCCCAGGUGAAAUUGGGAAAGCAUUAGGCAAAAAUCAUGUGUAGCAUCUCUGGCUCUUCCAUGCGGGACCAGAGCUGCCCCCAGGAAGGAGGUAAAGCAGGCAGGUAGCUGUGAGUGGCUUGUACCUAAUGCUCUUUCUCAAGGAUUCACCCCCACCCCUACCUUGGAAACUAGUAGUAACACUUUAUGAUUUAGGAUAAGUUAACUGUAACCAUAGGUAUUUAUUGGUUGGAAGAAGGGAGGGUUUUAUUUUCAGCUUUAUUUAUGUAACAUUUACUGGCUUGUAAAAGGCAAGUAUAAAGUACGGCAUCUUCAUUCUCUACGGCUAACCCGUAUAGCUGCCCUUGCCACAGCUGCUUGCAGUGUUCUUGCACAGACCGGAAGGAAAGAUAGAAGACGAGAAACACAUUCAGCCAACCACUUAACACUAAUUGAAUGUAUUAGAAGCUUACUGAAGGGGCUGUCGAUGUUUUCCUCAGAUGAGGUAUGUGGAGGGAAGCCCCCAAAAUGGUAGUGCACACAAGCACCCUUCCUGAAAAACCUGGGAGCUUUGUCCAGGGUCCCUCCCCCCAAUCUGUCUCCACAGGAUAGCUAACCCAGUGGCAAGUUGCACUUUGGUGAUCUUGGUCUGUGCACCUCUGUGGACAGUUGAGUUAUACACGCCGUGUAUGCACACACACAUGCACAUGUGACACUUACAUACAUACUGACCCUCUACCACACAGACCCUGUGUCUUGGCAACCCCUCUCGAGCCCUUACUUUGUGUACAUAGCUGUAAACACGGAUUUUUAUGGGUUUUGGUUUCCUUUUUAUUUCCACACCCCCCUCUUGUUUGGGCUUGUGAAGGAUGUCUACAAAACUCCCCCUCCCCCCAGGAGUUUGCCUUGGGGCCCACUUGCCUGGUGGUAAAGGGAAGGGGUGGAGGGAAUAGCCUUGAUUUCCUCAGCUCUGUUGUUUUUUGGUUUUUGUUUUGUUUCUCUGCAAACACCUACAGGCGGGAAAACACAGAACAGAAAAGUGGUAGUGUACCUGUAGAGUCCCCACCCCCUUCCCAGGAGUACAGGCUCUUGCAAACACUAAACAUUUCUGUAGCUGCUUCAGCCUGGUGACUUGCUGUCAUUAGCAGGUUGUUUGGCUGGGUUCUAGCUUUUCAAACGUCCCAGCUGGUUCCCAUUUCUGGUCCUGGGGUUAGGUGGCAGUUCAAUAUGGCAUCCAAGACAUUUCCUAAGAAGUACCUUGGCUACUUGGUUUCUGCAUUGUGAGGAAAAACCAGCCUUCCUGUGAGCACACUUGGGUCUCGGGCUAGGCUAGCAAAGCCUUCCAUGGUACAGUCAAGGCUCCUGAAGCCAAUAGGAAGGCAAUGAAGGACAUUCCUUGGGUACUUCACAGACGCAGGAGGUGGGUUUGUUGAGGUCGGGCAGGAUGCAUUGGUGGGGCCCAGCUGGAUCACAACCCCAAAGGAGCAACACAUGCAAACUUGGUCUGGGCCGAAACCCGGGUCAUCACUUUGAAGCAGCCUGGUCUCCAGAAAUGUCUGAGGUGUGUGGGCAGCGCAGAUUUGCACUGUACAACUUACUAGACCAUCCGAGGCAUCCCCAGCCUCCCGGUUCUUAGUUCACGCCCUCCCUGCUCUGCAACAGUGAGCGUCCAUCCUGCGUUUCCGUUUCUGCCGUGGGUGACUGCCGCUUGCGAUCUCUUGCUGUCCCGUGCUUGCUUUCACGCCUGCAGCAGUAGAGCUGCUCCCUGUUGCCCACCCCACCACAUUCGUGUUUCAUUUCCCCCUCACUGUAGCCCCUUUCACCCCACCACAAAAGUUACCACAGAAGGUUUCCUUUGUAAAAAAUAUUUAUUUUGAAGCUCUAUUUUAAUAGUAUUUAUUUUAGAAAGUCUACUAUUGUAAGAGUUCUUCUGUUUGUGAAGAAAAAACAAGUUACAAACUGAAUGUACUGA